CUCGCAAUCAUCAAACCACAUGUCUCAUUUUGCAGAUAUAGGAACUGCUGGCCAUCAAACGAACAAUCUCAAGAAGUUGGUAGUAAUGAAACUGAGAAACGAUGGUUACGAAGCUUCUUUUUGCAAAUCUUCAUGGGUCUGCACUUCUAGCCAUCACAAAGGCGGGUAUGAAUAUAUUGAUGUUAUGGUGGUGGAAAAUGGUAGACCCAAAAUGGUGAUAGCGGAUAUGGAGUUCAGGUCUCAGUUUGAAUUAGCAAGGCCGACAGUAACCUAUAAAGAGAUGAUAAAUGACCUUCUUUUGAUCUUUGUUGGUACCGAAGAGAAGCUUAACAUGAUCAUCCCUUUACUUUGCUCCGCUGCUAAAAGAUCACUCAAAGAGAAUGGUCUCCAUGUCCCUCCCUGGAGAAAACCUGCUUAUAUGCGGUCCAAAUGGCUCUCCAAAAACUACAAGAAAGUUUCAGUCUCACCAGAAGACAUUGACUAG